UAUCUAAAUCCAUUUCUCUUGCAACCAUUUUAUGUCCGGGACUGCGAGACACGAGGGCUCGAGAGGGCGACCAAAAUUUCCCAUUUUCACCUCAUUUCUUAGGGAUUUCCCCUCCUUGUUCCCAUCGAUCAGAGGGCCCUCUUGUUCUUGGCUUACCCAUUUGAUUCCGUGGGAAGCCAAAGAAACGAUUUUUGGUCGGGAUUUGUGGUUGGAUUCUUGAUUUGUUCGGUUCCUGGGAGAGGAGGAGGUAUCACUGUAUCAGGGAGGGAGCAAGGGAGCAACCAUGAGCGGCGGAAGCGGGAGUUUCCUCGAGAUCCAGCCUUCGGAGCUCGCAUUUCCAUUUGAAUUAAUGAAGCAGAGCUCGUGCUCCAUGACACUCACCAAUAAGACUGACCAUUAUGUAGCAUUCAAGGUCAAAACAACUAACCCGAAGCAGUACUGUGUGCGCCCCAAUAUCGGCGUUGUAUUACCAGGGUUGACUUGUGAUGUUACAGUAACAAUGCAAGCACAGAAGGAGGCACCUCCUGACAUGCAAUGCAAGGACAAGUUCCUAGUUCAAAGUGUUGCAGCUGAGAAUGGUGCAACAACUCAAGAUAUUAAUGCGGCAAUGUUCAAUAAGGAGCCAGGGAGGGUUGUUGAUGAAUUCAAGCUGCGUGUGAUUUAUGUGCCAACUACUACGCCCAGCGCGAUCCCUGAAGAAUCUGAACUAGGGAGUUCUGCUCACUCAUUUGCUCAAGAAAACGGGACCCAUCAUUUUGCGAUGCCACAAUCUGUUUCUAGAUCAUCUGCUGAAUCAACAAAGGAGAAGUCCUCUGAGGCAACGUCCAUGAUCUCCAAACUAACUGAGGAGAAAAUGUCUGCCAUUCAGCAAAACCAGAAGUUACGGCAAGAGCUGGAGCUUCUACGGAAAGAAAGCAGCAAAAACAGCGGCAGUUUCUCCAUCACCUUCUUGAUCAUCGCGGGCAUUCUAGGCAUCGUUGUCGGCUACAUCCUCAAGAGGACAUGAGAGCUAUACUCCCAGGAUACCUUACACAUGGUAUGCGGCCCCUCGUGUUUUUCCUCCUAAAAGGAGCGCUUGCUCUAACGUGUAACAACAGUCAUCCUAGAAACUUUGGUUUGUGUUCAUUAUGUUGGUGGUUCAUACUUUUCUGAGAUUUUUUAUUUGGUAGACUUUGUGUUUUUUUAAGACUAACAGCCGCAACUUCUGUCACAUUCACCAUAAUCAUUAUUCUUUGUGAUCUCGUGUUUA